AUGCCAGACCAUUCGCACUACUUCGAAAGCGACCCCGACUGGGCUCACUUUGCGGCGCAGAACGGCUACAGCCUCAAAUCGCCACCGUAUGAGAUCCCAAAGCUUGAUCUUGCAUCGAACCGGACCGCACAGCACGUAAGCGAAGGAACAUGGGCCGCGGAGCAUCCCCUGUCGUCCGUCGGAUAUGAGUCUACAGCCGCCACCGUCAGUGCACGCGACGGCUUCAACAUUCCAGUCAAAAUCUCCCGCCCAGUCACCUCCCGCGCCCCAGGAGACAAACCUCUCCCUCUCUUAUUCGUCACCCACGGCGGCGGCUGGGUGCAAGGCACGCACACCACGGAAGAAGCAUGGCUGUUGUGGCCACUGUACGAGCACUUCGACUUCGUGGUCCUCAGCGUCGAGUACCGACUCGCGCCUGACAGCCCGGCGCCCACGUACAUCGACGACUCGUGGGAUGUGCUGACGGAUGUGCUUGCGCGGAGCGGGGAGCUUCACUUCGAUCCCGACAGGGUCAUCCUCGCGGGCAGCUCGGCUGGCGCGGGGGUUGCGGCUAGUGUGUCACAGAUCGCGCGAGCUGAAAACGUCAAGAUCUAUGCCGUGCUCCUCAACGUCCCUGUGCUCUGCGACUAUCGCCAUUUCCCCGAGAGCGAGUAUCCCUAUACUAGCUAUGAGGAAUGCGGCGGCGCGUUUUUCUCCUCAGGUGAGAUGCGCGCGAUCUGGGAUAUCGUCGCCCCUGAGCCGGAAGGAGGGCUGGAUCCAAAGAUUUCGCCUCUGCUCGGCAAUCUCGGCGGUCUGCCAUACCAUGUCAUCUAUGUGGCAGGCCAGGAUCCGCUACGGGAUGAAGCGAUCGCGUACGCUGAGAAACUGGAGAAAGCGGGCGGCAAGACAUCCACUACGGUGUAUCAGGGCGUGCCCCAUAAUUUUGGUGAAUUUUGGCCGCUGGAGGCGACGCAGCGGUGGUGGGUCGAUAUCAGGAAACACGUCAGGGAGAUUCUAGAGCGGUGA